AUGUCAUCUAACAUUCAAAAUAGUACUGAUGUUCAACUUUUGGCAACAUAUGGUACUUUGAGAGACGAUGAUAAUUCCGGUGCACCAUGGACACACAAUUUCAUUAAAGAUAUAAGUGGCGCGACAAGUGGUACAGUCGCUGGCUAUCAACUUUUCGAUAAUGCGAGUCUCAACUAUCCAUUCGCAGUGUUUACAGGGAAUCCAAAGGAUACAAUCGUUGUUCGUCUUCUAAGUUGGCAAUCGAAAGAAGAAUUUCAAAAGAAAAUUCAUGAGGGUGACAUCCUGGAAGGUGAUGAAUAUGAACGUAAAGUAGUUGAAGUACUUAGUGAAAACAAAACGAAAUUUGCUUAUAUUUAUGUAUCGAAAUCGAAGUCAUUGGAUGCAGAUUGGAAAAUUAUUCCUAGUGGUGAUUGGCUUCGACGAAAUCCGAAAUAA